UGUUUCUUCCAUAAUUGAAAGAGCCAACAAGAAGAUUGGUCAGGCUCCAGGAGAUCCAAAGCUCAUGUUUGGUGAUAUUGUUAUGCAUACUGGCUUUCAGAAUGCAGACCCAUGUACAAAGACUGGGUGCAAGUGGCCCAAAUACUCGGAUGGACGUGUCUAUGUGCCUUACGCCAUUGCUAAUCAUUACUCACAAACUGAAAUAGCCACUAUUGAAAGAGCUCUGCAGUCCUUUGCAAAAAGCACCUGCAUUCGAUUCGUACGAUGGUCAAAAGAGACAGAUUACAUUUAUAUUCAGUCACUUGCCGGGUGCUACUCCCGUGUUGGUCGAACGGGUCGAAUGCAGACUUUGUCUUUAGCUCAGCAUGGCUGUAUCUAUCAUCAUGUGAUCCAGCAUGAACUCCUCCAUGCUCUCGGAUUUGUCCAUGAGCAUUCUCGCAGUGACCGUGACAAUUAUGUCCGAAUCCACUUAGAAAAUGUCAUUCCUGGCCAAGAACACAACUUUGACAAAAUCCAAACGAACAACUUGAACACCCCAUAUGAUUACAACUCUGUCAUGCAGUAUGGCGGGCUGUUUUUCUCCAGUAAUCAGAGGCCUACCAUCAUCCCUAUUCCAGACAGCAGCGUUCCGAUUGGACAAGCCACUCAGAUGAGCCACUAUGAUAUCCAACGUGUUAACAACCUCUACUUUGGAAAAUCCUCCAAUAAGCCUCAGAAACUGCCUCAGAAUGGUGGCGCACACUCGAAAACAUUGCCCGUCAUGUUGGUGUGGAAGGGAAUUGGGGGUCUGCUGGCCCUGUUGCUGGUCUGCUCUGUUAGAGCCAAUGAGCAGGAGUUAUCUGUUGGGGAUCUGCUGGAGAGAGCGAACAGAGGCAUUGUUCGUGGUGCUGACGAACCAACAGUUAUUGACGAUAUUGCCGUGGAUGAAAAAACUGGCAGAAAUGCAGAUCCCUGCACCUCAAGCAGCUGCAUGUGGCCCAAAUCCACCGAUGGCAAAGUCUACGUGCCAUACGUCAUCGCCAACCACUUCACUUCUAGUGAGCUGCAGGUUAUCCAGCGUGGUCUGGACUCCUUUUCUUCAGUUACAUGCAUUCGCUUUGUUCCACGCUCCAACCAGAGGGAUUACAUCAGCAUCGAGUCUCGCAGUGGAUGCUACUCCUACGUUGGACGCACUGGUUAUGCCCAGACCGUGUCUCUGGACCGUUAUGGAUGUAUUUACCAUAACACUGUGCAGCACGAGCUUCUCCAUGCUCUGGGCUUCAACCAUGAACAGUGCCGCAGCGACCGUGACAAUCACAUUCGCGUUGUAUGGGAGAACAUUAUCGACAGCUAUAAGUAUGCCUUCGACAAGAUUGCCACUCUGAACCAAGGAACUCCAUAUGACUACAACUCUGUCAUGCAGUACCACAGAACUGCCUUCUCUAAAAAUGGCCAACCAACCAUGGUUCCCAUUCCAAACAGUAACGUGGCUUUUGGCACUGCUACUCAAAUGAGCCAAAACGACAUUGCCAGAGUCAACAACCUCUACAAGUGCUGAGGUGAAAUGUGAUAACCUGAGGCUGGACGCUGAAGCCAGAAGUCAGCACGUAUGAAGACCUUUCUCUUGGUGUCCAGCACAACAUUUCUAAAGCUGUAGAAAUCAAUAAAC